UCCACUGCACACCCGAGCGCCUUCUUUAGAAAGUGAAAACAAAAACAUUGGACUGUUGAGGACUAGUUGCGGACGGUUCGCAUGCAUCGCGCGCCGUGCCGCGUUCUGUCCGACGCGUUGCUCAGCGUCGUCGCGUGCGUCGCCCUCCUCCUCCUCCUUUCGGCGUUCGAGCGGCGCAGCCUCACGCUGCAGGGCCUCGGGGUUGCCUUGGCCAGCUUGGCGCUGAUCGUCGUCGGCUCCAGGGACGCGUGCGGCGCCGCCGUCAACGCAGCGCUCGCCUGAGAGAGACGCAAUGGACGCGCCGUUGCGAUCGCUUGCGAUGAGCGCCAACGUCGCCAACUCUGUCAACGUAGAGGUUGGUCACCUGAUCCGUGUGGCCUCGAAUUCUUCGUUGACCGACCAGCCUCCUGACCUGCGUCUGGGUGACGGCGUCGAGGUCAACGUAGCCCUUCCGUCCACCAGUCCCUUGCUCUUCAUGGUCCUGGCGCGCUGGGAUGACGUCGUCGGUCCGCAGACUCUUUACGUUUGGCUGCCAAAGCAGGGCGGGCUUUGCGGGGCCCCGAUGCUGGGCCGGAGGGUCCGGUAUGUCACGAGUCACGCCGUCAGCUGCAACAGCGUCACCGCCGCCUCAGGUGCCGCGUCCCUCAGGGUCGUCCCAGACCUGCGGAUCGUCUUCAUGACGCGCCUUUUCCACGCCUCCAGAGCACCGUUUGCUGUCGCAGCGGCCACAGAACUGGACAAGUUGUACUUUGUGCAGGGUCGGCACGCCUUGUUUCAAGACUGGAUGCAGCGAUUGGCAGACAAAAUUGCACCUCAACUUCGCCAGUGCGACGAUGAAAUUAUCCUCGGAGACGAGGUCACAAGCUGGAUCUUGGACUUCAACUUCGCCGUGAGCUCAAUGAAAGAAGCCAGCGUCGACUCUCCCCUCCUAGAAGACUGGUACGGCAAGGACCUUCUGAAGUAUCCUGCCCUCGCUCAAGCCCUGACUUCCCAUUUGCAAACCUUUGGCCAGUCCGUAGUCAUCGGAGAUAAAAGACCUCUCGUUAACUCGCUGAUCUCAUUCUUGAGUCUCUUUCUGGACAAUGACCAGAGCAAACGGUCCAGAUUUGUGCCUUCCCAUGGCCACACCUGUUUCCACGUUGGUCUGUGUUUACAGGGUUUGCUAGUAAGUGGUUACGGGUAUAGACCUAUUUCCUCUGAGGAGUUGUCCUGCUGUCCACUGCCUGUGACUACAAUUGACCUUACAAGAUCCUUGGAAAAUGGAGCUGUCAAGCAAACAGAGCCCCUUCAUAAAAGAACUCACGGGAGGACCAACUUUGAGCCAAGAUCAUUGCUCUUGCCAGUGAAGGAAGGGACUCGGAUGGUGGCCACCCUUCUCCAAGAGCUCCAGAUGCUGCCUACCUCCCAUUGGCGCGCCCAUGUGGCCAUUUUCAACAAAAGACUGGACAAACUUGCCGAGGCAACAGUCAGCCACGUGCGCCACUCCUCAGACUUGACCACCUGUGUCAAGGACGAGUUGAAACGUUUGCUCGGAGUGGACGAGAGGGAACUUGUGAUCGUGGCCGCCCGAGCCGAGAAAAUCAAGCCGGGAGUGUUUGUUUACAUAUUCGGUGCCAAGUGAACUCGAAUUACAAUUAAAUUGUCUCUCUCAUUCAGCUCUUGCCAAAUAUUUAAUGAAGCUGCACAAAUUCGUCCAGGUUAGGUUUUUAAGUAAUUGCAUCGAUUGUUGAUUAUUAAAAUAAUUAUAUGUUUCGCCUGCUGCGGAAAGUGAGAUUUUGUUGAGUAGCAAAAUAGGUGCCACCUCAGUAUAAAAUUGUACAGCGCCUUCUGCAUGUAAGAAAACUGCAUAUUUUCGUACAUUAUUAAACAUAUUGAGUCAUUUGAAGCUAAAAACGUGUGUGAUGAAAUGCCAAUUUGUACCUUGUAAGAGAAUUUGAAAUAAAGCUGGAUUUGUCGAAUUCCUUAACAAUGAA